UUUUACGUCGAUACUAUCUUAGGAUAUAAGUCGUAAUUCUUGAAACUGCCAUGACUGUUCCACUCGCGAAUUGAAUAUUCCUGUGCACUGGGCCACUUUAUUUAAUUGAAUAAUUUCAGAUGACGGUACAGAGGAAGUUUAGGAAUCUUCGGUGUACGGUUUUUUCGAGAAUUUGUGUACGGAUUCAGUGGUGAUAUUAUUUUACAAGCAGAAGAAAGUGGUUUCCACUCAGAGGAAUAGCAAAUCCAACCAUGGACCUUGAGAUUAUAGACAACAUAUCCACCAAUGGAACCUUCGAUCCGAGCACCUCUUAUCACCUUAACCGCAACCACCAUGUAGACACAUUGAUCACCAUUUUCGGCUUGGGUUCUGUGAUAGCCAGCAUCCUCAUAAUAUUCAUAUUCCGAAGGUACCAAGUACUGCACACAAGAACCAACGCAUACGUCACCAAUCUAUGCGUGUCCAACAUCCUGUAUCUGCUAUUCUCACCGUUAUUCCUGAAUCUCUUCGGAAUUGCAGAAAUAGUCCAAGCUGAAGAGAUCUGUAUCGUUGACGAGAGUCUCAUGCUCUUGCUGCUGUCCCUUUUUGUUUUCGCUACAGUUUUACUUCUAGACUGGUACAUAAUCACUUAUAAAUCCUACAACGUGUCCGUUAGAUGCAAGUCGAGCUACACUCUGAUUAUAGCGACUAUAUGGCUGAUUUUCAUUUCGUUUUUUAUAACGAUUUGUCUGCAGUGCGCCUCUGGCAUAUCAGUUUUUCCCAUCAUCACCAUCAUUGGUGCGUUCUUCUACUUAUACUUCUUCAUAUUCGUCUUCCUCAUACAUAUAGCGAGAUUAUUCAAAUUUGCAAACCCGAACGCUAUACAGGGAGAGCUGGAAUUGGAGCUAGAAAUAGGGACGUUGUUCUGCAUGUGUUGGAUGCCGAAUUGCGCUAUGUAUGUUUCCUAUGUUUUCGGGUUGCGUUAUUCCUUGGACCUGGAGCUGUUCACUUACUGCAUCGCCCAUACCUAUCCAAUAAUCCUGUUCACUUUGUUGUAUUACAAAGACGGGAAUUUCAGGAUUUGCUGCAGGAAUUUGUUCAAGAACGAGCGGUUAGAAACGGAGUCUGAGGAAAUUGGAACAGACAGAAGCGGUGGAAAACAAAGGUUCACCUUAUUCAUAUAGUUGAGGUAUUCCGUUUAUUUUUGUAAAUAUUUUAUACAAAAAAAAUUU